UGCAUCCUUCUCUAAGACACACACACACACACACACACACACACACACAGACACACACAGACACACAGACACACACUGGACAUUACUUGGGAAAUCCUAUUUCUCUAAACCAACCAAUCAGUGUUGAGGAGUCAGGAGUACAGUUCUUGAUUCUUGCUCAAGAACAAAACUUCUCAGGUUGAAGUCAAAAUGAAGAAGGUUUCUCAAAGUAUUUUGUUUUGGUGUUUGCUGGCUGCAUUUGUGCCAUGUGUUAUGAAUGCAACACUUCCUCCCAAUUCUGAUGGAGAAAAAAGACUGAACGUGACACAGAAGAAGGAUCUCUGUAUGCAUAAUGGGAGUUCAGAAGAUUCAGACGAAAACAGAGAUACAGGGUCACUUUCAUCACAGAGCAGUGAUCAGCCUAAUGGAAGGGUGAAACGGGGCUGUAACUUGGUCACCUGUUCAAUCCAUGAGCUAGCCUAUCGGAUCAGUCAGCUCAGUACUAAGACGAAUAAUGCUCCCCCACGCAAGAUUAGUCCCUGUGGCUAUGGCAGGAGACGGAGGCGUUCCCUCCUCAGACGCUCCAGCCCACAGGGAGGGCCAUCUGAAUCUCUCCAUGCUGCAAGCCCAUAGACGUCAGGCAACUCAAAAACUGACUUAAACAUCUAUCUGUUGGUUUGUCCUGAGCCUUUUACUAAUGUUGGCUCAACUUGCUGAAAUACUACUGACAACUCCUUUGCAGGCACAAAAAUGGGGAACUACCAUGUCCAAGCAGCUGGAACUUCUUCCUCCAUUCUUUACCAAAGAGACAGGACUCAAGAUAAGGAUUCGGGUCAUCUAUAACGGAUAAGUGUUUGUAUAAAGUGGGUCAGACAGUUCUGUUUUGUGAGAAAGAGAAGCAGGAGUUCAAGUGAGAUAACAAGGGUGUUCUUACUGUAUGGUAAUGAUAUGAAAGAUACUCGAGCAGUUGUGUGUGCAUUAGUUUGGGAUAUUUCUUGAUCUUACGGAGUUCUGGGACAAGGUGCUCUGACAAGGCUCUCUGUCUUUCCCUCAACGCAGGACAUGCCAUUUCUUCAAAGCUCUGGAAAAGAAAUGGGGUUAUCCAGGAAACUAGCUGCACCUCUGUGUUUUUUAACAAGGGAUAAGAAGACAGAGAAACUCAAUACUAGCUAAACACUAUCUCCAAUAAGGCUUCACAUGGGAAAUGAACUGAAAGAAGAGGUCUCUGUUAAAGCUGGAUGUGAAAGGCUUGGACACUAAUAUCUGCUCACCUGCUUACAUACUUGAAGCUAGAUAUGUGUAUAAUAGGGGAAUGUGCAAUAAUUGUAGCAAUAUGUAUUCCAUCAAUAAUGGCAUAAAAAGUAUAACAAAAAAGAAAAAGAAAAAUAAUGUAUGUUAUGGACUCGUAUUUUUAUAUAUUGUUUUUAUACAAUAAUAUACAUGUAAUCUCAGAGAUUUACUAUUUUUAUACAUGAACUAAUAUGGGCAUUGUAUAUUAAAUAUAUUAAUGUAAAAAAAUAUCCAUUACUUUUAUACUGAUUUAAUGCUAUUCUUAAGUCUAUGUCAAGUCAUCGCCAUUGUCUAGUGAAAACCAGAUGAUAUAAGCAACUAUUAAAGACUUGUGAAAA